GCUGAUAUUGCAGUUCAAAUUUUUAAAAAUUAUUAUUAAAAUGUCGUUGCAAUUGGGUGAAUUUAUUUGCCGAGUCUGCCUCCAGCAGGACGAACUCCUGGUGGACAUUUUCGAAACCGUGGAGGAGCUGCAGGUGGAUCUGUGCAGCUUGCUGGAAACUUGUGGCGACAUCAAAGUGGACCGCAACGAUAUGAAUCCAAAGUAUUUGUGCCAGGAGUGCACCAACGAGCUGCUCAUCGCGGCCAAGUUUCGCAGGAAGUGCGCGGAGGCGGAGAAAAAGCUGAGGGAUGAGACUACCAGGAUGGAGAUAGCAGAACCGCUAGCGAAAGAGGAAAUUAUAAUUUUCGAUCCGACUGACUACAUUGCGGAGACUUCCUCCGCUGGAGAGGAUGAGGCGAAGGAACCCACUGAAGUUUCAGGCUCCAGCUGCCAGUAUUGUGGAGCGGUUUUCCAGCAACGAGCAGCUCUACGUCGGCAUAUCGAAAGAGUACAUGCCUCCAUUACCAUUUACGAUUGCGAAAAGUGUGGAGGAUUCUAUACGGAACUCGGUAAAUUCCAGAGCCACAAGUGCUCCAGUUUGGAGUCCCAGAAGGGCGGCCACCGGUGCAUGGAGUGCGGCAAGUGCCUGCAAUCCGCCUCCGGUCUCGCGGUCCACAUGCGCCUGCACAGCGAUGAGAGGCCCUUCACCUGCCUUCUGUGUUCCAAGGCAUUCAGAACGAAUGGAGCACUGGUGGCCCAUCAGCGGCGCCACCAGCAGCUGUUGCAGCACCAGUGCCCGCACUGCGAACGCGGCUUUGUGGAGUCCAGCAACCUGCGUCGCCACAUAGUCGCCCGGCACACGGAUGAGCGGCCGCAUCCCUGCACCAUCUGUCAGCGCAGCUUCUCCAGGGUCUACCUGCUGCAGCUGCACCUUCGGACGCACACCGGCGAACGACCCUACGCCUGCGAGCAUUGCGACAAGAGGUUCGCCCAGCUGGGAGUCCUGAGGAGCCACGAACGAAUCCACACCGGCGAACGGCUGCAUCGCUGCCAAGUGUGCGAGAAGACCUUCACACGGGCGGGGCAGCUGCGAAAGCACGAGAUGCGUCAUGAAACCGGAUCGUGAUAAGCCCAACCGACGAUUUUGGCCAGUG